GUCGCCCGGCUUCCGCGCCCCUGGUUUGCACGUUUGCUGACGACGGGGAAACUUUCGCAGUUUGUUACCAAGUCCACCAAUGUCAUCCCCCCGAGACCAGAGUAUGAAGCGCUGACUAGUUUACGGUAUUGUGAAUUCGGCAGUUCAGGGACUAUGCACGACUCCCUCCCCUCACCCGGAUGAUCAGAGGGUUUAUGGCGGCUUUAGACAACAAUGAUUGAGCAAUCCCAUUUGCCGUUGUGCCCCUCCUGAUGGUCACCCCCUCAUUUGACCCCAAAGAACAACCUCCUGCCGUGUACAAAUUCAAGUAUGGGGAGGUGAUUCUUCAACAUGUUGAGCUUCACCAAGAGACAGUAACCGCUUCUAGCGUCUCGACCGCCGUCAUGUUGCCUUCUCUCCUCUUUACCAGCACCGCCCUGGCUUUGCCAGUUCUGGGCCAAACUCCCUGCACCCGAGACUUCCUGAAGGCUGCAACGGCAGAAUACCUGGAUGCACUCACUGCUGGAGAGCCGACCUUCUCGACACUAUCGAGCGAUGUCGACUACUACGAGAACGACGCUCUUGUGAACAUCACCACAGGGGUCCUGUCGCAAGGCAUCAAGAUCGACUUCAACCUCAGCAUCUACGACACCACCCAAUGCGCCUCAUACACCGAAAUCGUCGCCACCACAGAACACCCCUACGUCAUUGGCACAAGGCUUGCUUUCACCGACAGCAAGGUUACACACAUCGACUCAAUCGUGUGUGACACAGGCGACUGGCUGUUCAACGCGACUGGGUCCCUGAUCUACAAUCGACAGGAAAGCUGGGCCCCUGUCCCAGUGGAAAGGCGUGAAUCUCGGGAGGCUCUCAAAGCAGCGGGAGACGCGUACAUCGAUGCAUGGGGCAACCAUACCGUCAAGCCUGUUUUUGCCAAGAACUGCGCCCGUCUUGAGGGAGGUUUCUACAUCACCAGCAACUGCCUCCUCAACUUCCCGCCCCCGUUCAAUGUCAGCAAUCAGCGGUACACAAUUGACGAGGAAUUGGGCGCGGUGGAUAUCUUCCAUCUGUUCCCUUUUCUCGACGCUGCUAUCCCGAGACAUCCGGGCACGCAGACGAACAACUUGAUCAGGGUGGAGUCGGGGGAGAUUCGGUAUAUUCACGAGAAUACUGUUUGCUCGACCAGGAACUGUGGAAGAUGAGUUGGAGAUAAAUAACAAAUCGAAUACUG